CCAAGCACAUGUAGGAACUUGUUACAAAUGUCGGUAUAAAUACCCCAGAGCAAGUUUAGGCCUAGUAGAGUUGCAAUACGCUGAUCAAGCAUGGGGAGGCGAUCUAAACCAGCCAAGAGAAGUGCGGAGGGCGAUGCGCCCAAGGAAGCUAAGAAGGCUCGUGUGGAUGAGGCUAGCAUCAAGGGUGUGUGUGUGCGGUGGGAGUGGGAGGGGGAUGGUGGCAAGUGGACGCAGUAUGGAGACAAUCUCAACAUCAAUGUCACAAAUGCAUUCAACAGCAAAAAGAAAGAGUAUCAGUACAAGGUAUCCUCAUCAGUUACACUCAUAGCUCAGUUUGGGAAGAUGGUGCAGAAGAACAAGAAGACAGGUUGGGAGAGACGAAUCCGGCUGACGAUGAAGGAUGCCGACUCAGAUGACUUUUAUGUCUGGCAGUGGGAGAAUGAGCAUGGAAAGUGGAACCCCUACCCUGCAGACACCAGCCUCUUGUUGGAGCAGGCACAGCGAGACGGCACCGACGAAACGGUCGACAUCGAGGCACAGCAUCGCUCGUACGCCAUCGACCUGAAGACCAUGGAGCAGAUUAACACAACGACGAACGUGGCUCGCAAAGUGGCCAGGGAGAAGGCGGAUUCCAUUGCCGCCGAUAAUGAUGUUGAUGCUGUUGAUGCUGUUGAUGAUGCUGAUGAGGAUGAAGAGAUGCCGUCAGUGUCCAGUGCAGGGGAUGCACCAGCUGCCAAGUCCACGGGGAAGGCAGCUGCCAAGUCUACGGGGAAAACGGCUGCUAAGAGUGGGGGGAAGGCAGGUAAAAGUGGGCGUGGCAAGUCGGGGAGAGUGAAGGAGGAAGAAGAAGAUGGAGAGGAAGUGCCUACAAAAUCUACAGUGAGGACAGUGGUGGUGAAGGGGAAAGCCCCCGUGGACCCCGAGUGCAGCAUGAUGCAUAAGACACACGUCUACUUUGAUGCCAAGGAUGUCUGGGAUUGCAUGCUCAACCAGACUAAUGUGGGUAACAACAACAACAAGUACUACUUGAUCCAGAUCCUGGAGGAAGACGGCAAGAAGGCUUUCUACGUGUGGCAGCGAUGGGGGCGCGUCGGCUACAAGGGGCAGAACAACCUCGUACCCUGUGGUGGCGAUCUCGACAAGGCCAAGAACAUCUUCUGUAAGAAAUUUUCAGACAAAACUAAGAAUGACUGGGCGUCACAUGACAGUUUUGUGAAGAUGGCUGGGAAGUACGACAUGCUGACCAUGGACUACUCCACUGGGAAUGGAAAGGCAGAGGACACAGUGGACGCACCUAGCAUUAAGAAAGAAGACAGCGUGAAAGUGCCGGACUGCACCCUGGACACAAGGCUACAGGAUCUGGUCAACCUGAUCUGUGAUAUCAAAUCUAUGGAGGAUGCUGUCGUUGAGAUGAAAUACGAUGCCAAGAAGGCUCCAUUAGGCAAGCUGACGGAGAACCAGAUCAAGUUUGGCUACUCGGCCCUGAAAGUGAUUGAAGGAUUGAUCAACAAGGGGGACAUGAGCAGGAAGCUGACGGAUGCUUGUAACGACUUCUACACUCGCAUACCUCACAAUUUUGGGAUGAAGACCCCGCCAAUCAUCAGGACCAAGCAGGAGGUGAAGGACAAGAUUCAGCUGCUGGAGGCCCUGAGUGACAUAGAGAUCGCAAUCAAGAUGCUGAAGGAAGGAGACAUGUCCGAGAACCCGGUAGACAGACACUACCAUGCACUCAAAUGUGGCCUUGAACCGCUGGACAAGAGUCACGGUGACUUCAAGCUGCUGAAUGAGUACCUGCAGUCCACGCACGCGGCCACACACAACAUGUACAAGAUGCAGCUGAUGGACGUCUUCAGCUGCCAGAAGGACGGGGAGGCCUCCAAAUUCGUGGACCACGGAAACAGAAUGCUGUUGUGGCAUGGAUCGCGGUUGACCAACUGGGUCGGAAUUCUAAGCCAGGGACUACGCAUCGCACCGCCGGAGGCUCCUGUGACUGGAUACAUGUUUGGCAAGGGUGUUUACUUCGCUGACAUGUCCAGUAAAAGUGCAAACUACUGCUUCACAUCGAGAGCAAAAAAUAUCGGUCUCCUCCUGUUGUGUGAAGUGUCGCUGGGGGCGAUGAACGAGAUCCUCGCUGCUGACUACAACGCCGCCUCGCUGCCGGCUGGGAAACACAGUGUGAAGGGAGCAGGGAAGAUAGCACCCGACCCCAAGUGUCAUAAAACAAUGGCGUGUGGUACAAAGGUUCCGAUUGGGAAGGGUAUUGACACAGGGACUACAAACCCUCAUGGCUACACACUCAACUACAACGAGUUCAUCGUUUACAACACGGCACAAAUUAAAAUGAGGUACCUACUCAAGGUGAAGUUCAACUAUAAGUGAGUGAAACAACCGGAUUGUUGCAAUAACAUUGUCUCAACAUGCAGCACGGAUCACCAGGACUCGACGGCCAGCUUCACAAAGCUGCCUUAGCACUAUGACUGUCACAGCUCCUCAACUUUAACAUAGACUACCCAUCACAACUAUCCAAAUCCAUGUUGAAGUAGGCGUCAUGAGAGUCAGAGCUUCACAUUGUGGCAUGUUGGGUUGACUACGUAGGUGGUUCGAUCUACAACAGACUGAGCAGCGUUCGAAAUUGGCACUUGUCCUGUAGUCCUUGCCAAACUGCCCCAUGGUUAAGGUAUAAGGACUAGUAGAAAUUUGCCAUUUUUGAGGGUUUUGCUUUAUGUUAUCAUUAGAAGGACUAGUGGACUAAAACUGUUCGUGUCUAUCGCUGUGUACAUUUUUGUCCUGUGUGGGGGUUGCAAUUUUGAGAAAUUUGCUGUUUUUUUAUCAAUAAUAUAAACAUGCAAUUUUACAUAAAUGUAACACUGAUAUGUUAUUUGAUAGAUAUUGUUAUGGAUUUGACUGAUUGUGAUUUUUGGCAUUCCGCUGUCAACUUCUUAAGCCAAGUAUUCCUUGUUUGGUGUGGAUACCAUGUAAGCAGUUUUCUACCAACUCACCACAAGGAGUUUGUCCUAAAAAAUGGCUUAAGGUAUUAAUUCUGCGGUUCCAAUUGGAUGAAUUUCAGAAUAUGACUCCUAGUUGGCAAUAUUUGAGUAUUUCUUUCAGUCGGAAUCUUUAUGUGACAAUUCGACAGAAAAAUGGUUUGAGUUGUUGUUGUUGUUUUUUUAAGGAGUUGAACCAAAACACUUCGUGUUUGGCAUCUUCGUGCAAAUAUUAUCAUGAAAUCACCAAAGCCAAUAUAUUUUUUAAUCUCUUGAAGUGAAGAAAUGUGAAAUAAAUGUGAAUAGAACAAAAUAGUGAUGACCUCCCUUGGAUUUCAGUCAUGACAUGUUUAUGGGAUGGUGGGGAGUUAGUCUCGUAGCUCGCACACAUAAGGGAUCUGAUGUAGUUGUGGGGAUCAAAUGAGACGCAGACAUUUAUUCAUUCAAGUAUGACAGUUACAAUACUUGAAUAGUCUUGGCUGAGAUCACUCUAUGCAAGUGAACGCAGCAUUUAAAGGAACUACCGAGCCUUGCAGAGGCAAAU